AUGGACCAGGCUGAGGCUGAGGCUGUUAAUCGACCUUCCCUCCCGGUUAUUUGGGAGGCAAAAGGACCAACAGGCGAAGCCGCCGGGCUUGGAGAGGUCGAGAGGCGUGAUAGUGGCACGAGGUUCUUGGCCCGGGCGCUACUAUCCCGGACCUGGUCUGUUCAUUGCGAGCAAGAGGCAUCCCGCCGUCUGGUAGGAUCGCAGAGGUUUUUGCGAUCAGAAGAAUCGAACAUUAUACAUGAACUCCACGUGCGCCAACAGAGUGUUCGCUUGAAACAUGACUGUGCCGUACCUGCAUGUUUCCGAGCCUCGAGGAUCAAAAGCUUCGCGGAUUUACACAGGGAUAACCUCCGCUGUCAAGUCGCCGCAACAUGGCGAAAGGGGGUUCGCCACUCAGGUACGAGUUUCGCGCGAAGGAGUCAUGUCAUGACAUGUGAGUCCGAGCUUGCGGGUGUGCCUGAUCCAUCCCACGGGCCGAAGAGGGGAGGGGCAGUUUUGAAACAAAGGAGUAUAAUCGGGAGUGAGCCGAUAUCGAUCAUCCCCUUGGUGUCGUGUGCCAUGGGCUUCGAGCACCAUGGGGAGGAUGAGAUUGUCGUCAAUCUCGUAGAUCAUGCGCCGGGUGCCGGAGCGGGUGCUCAAGGUGAAUGUUUCGGGACAUCCAGAACUGAAAUUUCGAGGCUAUCGAGUACGAGCGUUGUCUGGUUGUUGGGUAAAUUCAUGCUUGGAGUCACACCGGGGACAGUGCGUAGGAAUGGAGACGGAAAAUUCACAUAG